GCGCGUGUUUGUGUGUACUCCCAGUGUGCGUGUAGUUCCCCUCUCUCUCCCUCGCCUGUGCUGCCAUCUCUAAACAAUCGUGAAAAGACCCCCAAAAUUAACCAAAUAUAACCAAAAUAACUCUUUCUCUCUCUCUCUCUCACCUCUCUCUCUCUCUGUAAGUAACGAGAGACUUUCGCAGCAGAUCCACAUGCAUGUCUAUGGCUUAGACUGAGGCAUGACUAACUCAACCUCUUUCCUCAAAGAAGUCUUGAGACCUUGAGAAAAUAAUCGCCCCGAGCCAUUAAUUUCAUGAAAGAGGUUUCUCAGACCAAAACACACAACCCGCCCUCGAGGAGUUUCUUAAAUUAAAGAUUAAAGAGUAGAUUAUUUUAAAAAAGGGAAAAGGAAAGGACAGGAGGAGGACGUGGACGAGGACCUCCUUGUAGUGAGAGGAACUUUUUUGAACUCGUUCUUUUGAAAGGUUUAAUUUUGUAAAGCAAGAACAAAAAUGCCCAAAAAGAAGUCAGCUGUUACAAACAGCAGCAGCCUGGCGGCCGAUUUCAAGACAGGGAGUGGGGGCUCCCCAGACUCCCCAAACAACCCCAAGAAGAAAAGACGGACGUCCAAUACACCGUCCUCAGCGCAGGGACCCCCCUCUACUCCUCCGAGCCAUGACUUGGUUCCUCCCCCUCUUACAGAACAACAGACCUUCAUAAAACCCUGCAGACGCAAGGAACGAAUACACCAACACUCGUCUGUGAUUUCAGGUUAUGGAGACACGAUUGUGGCCUCAAACCCCUUCGAUGACACUCCCUCGUCCGUCUCCUCCUCUUCCAGCAUGGGGCCUGGUCCUGGUCCAGGCCCAGGCCCUGGCCCAGGACCCAUGAACCAUGGCCCAAUGGGGCCUAUAGGCAUGCCAUACAUGGCCAACAUGAAUAACAUGAAUAAUAUGAAUAAUAUGAAUAUGAAGAAUAUGGGGAUGGGAGGACCCAUGAAUGGGCCAAUGGGUCCUGGAGGCCCCAUGGGACCAGGUGGCCCCAUGAGUGGGCCAAUGGGACCUGGAGGGCCUAUGAAUGGACCUAUCAGUGGACCUAUGGGCCCAGGAGGUCCAAUGAAUGGACCCAUGAACAGCCCCAUGAAUGGGCCCAUGAAUGGACACAUGUCAGGCCCCAUGAAUAUGAACAACAUGAAUGGCAUGAGCAUGAACAACUCUAUGUCGGGCCCCGGGAUGCCCAUGACAACCAUGAGCCAAAUGUCGAGCAUGGGUGCCAUGAACGGCCCCAUGCCUCCCAUGAGUGGCCCAGGGAUGAACAACGGUCCGGGAAUGAACAAUGGCCAAGGACCGAACAUGGGCCCCAAACCCAUGCCAGUCAGCUCAGGAAAG